UAAAGGCAGGUGAUUCUACGAGACGUGCUUGUAAGGAGGGGCCUGCUGUUGCUGCUGCCUGAGCUCGUGCAAGUCUUAGGAGGCCACGUGGCACACCUAGAGGCUGCCAGGUGUCGCAUCGCCGACCACUUCUCACGCCCCUCUCGCCCCCACUCACUUGCACGCGGUCGUCUCGCUGCUCGGUCCACUCUGGAGACCACCACUCAAAUGCUAGCACAAGAGGUGGCUUGGCCCCCAGAUUCUGAUGCCUCUGCUGCUGGUGUUACUACUGAUGCUGAUGCUGCUGCUGCUGCUGCUGCUGCUUCUGCAGCUUCUGCGGCUGCUGCUGCUGCUGCUGCUGCGUAUGCUCGCGCCCCUGCCUCUAACCAAAGUCAUCCUCACAGUCGCAACAAUUUUGCUUCUCCUGCUGCCGCUGCUGCCGCCGCUGCUGCCGCUGCUGCUGCUGUUGCGACGCAUGCUGGGGUUAAUUCUUCCGGUGCUGGCUCAAACCAGGCUAGCCGUGCCUACGUGGCCCCAUCUUGGCGUGACACGUCACCAUCCUUGCCACAUCAGCAGCGCCCACAUCAGCAGGAGAAUCAACAGCAGAAUCCGCAGCAGAAUCAGCAGCAGAAUCCGCAGCAGGAGACGGGGCAGCAGCAGAACGGGUGGAGGAAUGGGUACCAGGCGAAUGGGCAGGCAGGGAGGGGGGGCAUGAGGGGAGAUAGACGGGCAGAGGGAGAAGAGAGGAGAGAAGGAAAUGGAGGAGGGAAUGAGGAGGUGGAGGAGGAGGAUUCGGUGUGGAGGGAUUGGAGUGAUGGUGGAGUGCUGGGGAACCAUCCUUCACGCUCUGAUUCUUCUGCUCGUCCCGCUUCUGCUCCCACUGGUGCUUCUGCUGCUACUGCUGCUGCUGCUUCUGCUGCUUCUCCUGCUCCCUCUCUUUUCGCUGCUACUGGGCGUGUGGGUGUGAAGGAGAGAGUAGAAAAGAUGGAGGUCGUAGACUUGACCGAAGACAAUGAUGCUGACGAUGGUGAUGAUGGUGUUGCCAUGGAGAUGAAUCGGCAACCAGCAGCAGCAGCAGCAGCAGCCGUAGCCGCAGCCACAGCACCACCACAGUCACCAGCAACAACGGCUGUGGAUGCUAGAGCGACAACAGCAGCAGCACCCAAGCAAGCAGAACCAGCAGCAGCAGCAGCAGCAGCAGCCGUAGCCGCAGCCACAGCACCACCACAGUCACCAGCAACAACGGCUGUGGAUGCUAGAGCGACAACAGCAGCAGCACCCAAACAAGCAGAAGCAGCAGCAGCAGCAGCAGCAGCCGUAGCCGCAGCCACAGCACCACCACAGUCACCAGCAACAACGGCUGUGGAUGCUAGAGCGACAACAGCAGCAGCACCCAAACAAGCAGAACCAGCAGCAGCAGCAGCAGCAACAGGGGCAGCAGCGGCAGUGGCAGCACAAGGAGGGGAAGUGUUUGCGUACCUGGCGGAUGUGGUUGGGGAAGGGGGGGAAGAGGAAGGAGCAGGAGCAGGAAGGAGUGGCAAGCUGCUUACUGUGAAGUGUGUGGUGGUGGGAGUGAAGGAGUUCAGCUACCGCACACCUGGUGUGGUUCGCCUGGUGGUGUAUGUCGACGAUGGCUGCUCACUCAUGCCCGCUGCCGUGCAUGCUGCGGAGAUAGCCCGACUGCUGCACAUGGACGAGGCUGCUCUGCUGGCCAUCACCCACUCGCCCUCCCUUCCCCCGCCCUUCCGCUCUGCCCUCAUGCGCCUGCAAGGCUUCCUUGCUUCCUUUGAGGGGCUUAUCCAAGUCGGGUAUUCACAUCCGCAGCCCAACUCAGCCAGCACCAGUAUCCGAGCCAACAAGGGGGGAGUGGGAGGGCAGCAAAGCAGAGCUAAGGAGUUGAUGAUAUACCACAUGAGCACAGGCUGCAGGGGGUUGGAUCACAGGCUAAUUCUGGAUAGGGUGGCUUCUGCAUGGGAGAGGUUCAAAAGUUGAUGCAAGGUAGGGAGGGGGGAUUUUGUGAAAGCAGAUGCGUUGUCUUGGGUUUCACUUGUACAUUUCCAUGGCGUUGUGCUAUGCUAAUCAUUUCAUUCAUCUCGUAGGCAGUGUUUCACUCAUCAUUUCAUAA